AUGGCAUUUUCUUUUUCAACUCCACAACAGCAAACCCCAUCUUUAUUUCAGCCUCAUCCUCAACCUUUUCAACAAAGCAGCCCUCUUUUUCCGCAGCAGCAGCAGCAACAACAACAACAGUUGCAGUUUCCCCAACAACAGCAGCAGCAGCAGUUUCAGCAACAGCAACAGCAACAGCAACAACAAUUUCAACAGCAGCAGCAGCAGCAGCAAUUGUAUAUUUUUACUAAUGAUAGGGCUCCGGCAAGUUAUAGCACUAAAUGGGCAGAUCUUCACCCUGAUUCCCAGAAAGUUUUGCUUCAGAUUGAGGAGCGAGUCUUGGAGUAUAGGGAUGAGAGUAAGAUGCUAGAUCAGUGUAGUCGCCUCUAUGACUCUUCAGUUUCCAAUGAAGGGUUUGAGCUUGAUGCGAGCCAAAUUAUUCAGGAGCUUGGGGGAAUCAGUACUUCCAUGGAGAGACAGAAAGCUCUUUUACAAGAGCUUAUGACUAAUGUUAAAGACAUGUUGCGGAACACAGAGAUGGCUGUUCGUUCUUUCAUAAUGCUACGUCCUAGAUUCCUUCAUUCGAAUGCAUUAAUUGGUGCUUCAAAUGCCACAGCGCCGUCCCAACCUUCUGGAACAACAGCAAUGGCCGGUUCCCCUAGUCAGCCAACAUCUUCCUCUAUAGUUCCAGUGUUUGAUUUUUACAGUGGACUUCCAAAGAAACCAUCUCCCUUUUUACAGCAGACAGUUGCUAGAUUUGAAAAGUAUUUGGGUGAAUGCAGGCAGUGGAUUGAAGAAUUAGAGCAAUUGCUCCUCUUAGAUUCUGACAGGAACUCUUCCCACCCUGGAUCCUCAUUGUUGCAGUCUCUGCCAAAAGUCAUGUCAAAUGUGCAUGAUUUUUUUGUUCAUGUAGCUGCUAAGGUGGAGAGCAUUCAUCAGUACAUUGAAUCCAUGAAAACAGCCUAUCUUGUUGACCAGCGUCGUCGAGGGGAUGGGAAUGAUCCAUUCCUUGAGGCUGAUCGGCGUGAAAGAGCAAGACAAGAAGCUGCUGCUAAAAGGGUACAUCCAACUUUGCAUUUGCCUGCAAAUGCACAGCCUUCCACAAAAGGUGCGGGGUUGUUUGCAAACUUGGCAACUUCUUCAGCAUCAACUGCUCCCCAGACAUCUACAGCAACAUCAUCUUCAGGAAAUGCAUUAUCUCUUUUUAGCACACCUUCUGUGCCAUCUUCCUCCAUGUCAUCUUCUUUGUUUGCAACACCGACAACCUCUGCUCCAGCAUUCUCUUUGUUUGGAUCAGCUACAGCUCCUUCUUUAUUUGGCAGUGCGACUCAAGCUAUUGGUGCUCCAUCAUUAGCACCAGCUGUUGGCUCUGCUUCAGCUUCCCCUUUGUUUGGCAGUACAGCUCCAGCUUUUGGUACUAUUUCUUCUGGAGGUUCCCUAUUUUCAACACCCCUUUCAGGUACCUUCUUACUGUUUGUGUUCUACUGGAUCCUUAAAGCUUCCAAUGGUGGAUUUUCAUACAGUGUGCUUCCUAAGUAUCUUGAAGGAAGUUAA